AUGCCCCGAGGAAAGCGCAAAGCGACGUCCAAAUCCCGGCCCGUCGCGACGACGAAACGGGUCAAGGCACCCGCGCCCCGUCGGGCGUCCCGCCGUGCCACGAUCGCGCCGCGGUACGCCGACGAUACGGCGUCGUCCGCUACGGAGGCGUCGCAAACUUCCGAGGGCAGCCACAACGAGGUCGUUGCCGAACGUCCACUGACGAGUAAGCGUGGAACGAAACAACAAAAGGGCGUUCUUCCUACCAAAAUCCACCAGACAAAAGGCCGCAACCCGAAACCCGAACGUGCAUCCCGGAGUGUCCGCUCGUCUCGGAAUAACCCGGAUUCCACUACCGACGCGUCGAGUGAUGGCCACAAUCCGGGAUACCGCCAGGUCAUGCGAAGCCCCGGCGACGAUACAUCGUCUGCGCGUAGUCGUCCCGUAUCAUCGCCGCUCCGCCCGGUCUCGAUGGCAUUGGCCCUGGAACGUCGUCGUGCCUGGCAGCAGGAAACAACACCUUCGGAUUGGCGAGUCACCACUGCCAUGGACUACUGA